UACAAUACUGUGUGUGUGUACCAUAAAACUCAGAUAAGAUAAUAACAACAAUUAUCUCUCACUGUUAGCAUUAUUUUAUUUUCCCCCAUAUUACAUAAUGAGAUAUUACCAUAUUACGCACCACGCUUUCCCCGGAAAUAGAAUGUAUUUGGCACAAGACGCUAAGCGUACGUGUGGUCGUCACUAGUUAGCACAGCCACCAAAUACUAAACCCCGCCCAUUUCUACAAUUUAUCUUCUUAAAAUGUGAUUUUAAACCUAACCUUAACCACACUGCUAACCUUAUGCCUAACCUUAAAUGAAAAGUUCAUUUAUUUUUACGAUAUACUUUGUGGCUGUGGUAACUUGUGGAAACACGUACUUUUUUUUCAUUCAACGUCAGAGACACGCCCCCGGUUUCUCAGACCAUGUGGUUGAUGAUAAACACAGUUUAAUAUCUCGCCAUGUUAAGCUUUUUGGUUUUAACGUUUGUUCGAUUUUAGUUAGAUUUCUUACCGCGCGCUCACUAUUAGCUGUCACCAUGUCUGUUUCCGACGAUGUGAAUUUUGAAACCCAGAUUGCGUCUGUUUUGGAUUCACUUGCAAAGGUGGCCGUGGUGGAAAUAACGAAACUGUUCGAGAGUCGCUUCCUUGCUUCGGGAACCACUAUUCUCAUUGAAGGGCGGAGUGAACAAAAUGAAACCUUGCAAACAGUGGACGCUGUAAAAAAGUCUGGCAAAAAAUGUCUUCGCAGUAUCGGAGUUCAAGUGGAUGAGGAAACAACAACGUCCUUAGAGCUACAUGAAAGUAUGUCAGCUAAACACCCAAAACAGUGCUUGUCCUUGAAGGGAGGCAGUGGUUCUUUGAAUGGGAGCAAUGAGGAGGAGGGUCCUGCACAUCGUAUCCCCCUGCUGAAGGCUAAUCAGCCUGCUGAACUCAAGUGCUCUGUUCUAGAAGAGAAGGUUGUGGAGAUGGUGGAGGGGAUUAGUCUGGAAACAAAAUCUUCAACAACCACUGAGCCAGAAGAAGAACAAGUGAUCUAUUCUGCCACUGUGGAUCCAAUCCACCUUUAUGUUCCUGUUCAAAGCUCCCCAACUAAGAAGAAACCCCAGCCCCUCAAGACAGAAACUGAGAAUGGAAUCAACAUAGAAUGUGAGACUAAAGUCAUCUGCCAAAUGGUCCCAAAGGCAGAGGAGGACAUAACACGACAGCCUACAUGUAAAGAAAAGCCUACCCAGAUGGAGCCCCAGCAGGCCAGUUACAUCACCGCCAAAGGAACAGCCUACAGCCCAUCCUCCUCAGAUGGGGCUUUGGUUCCUGUACAGGCUAAGAGUAAGUUGAAAUUUAUGGGUGUAACAAACGCUCCCUCUGCUCUAAUGAAGAAAAAGGUGGAUGUCAAGCUGGACCAGAAAAAGGUGGAUUUCAAGCUGGACCAGACAAAGAAGAAGAAGGUGAACUUCAAGCUGGACCAGACAAAGAAGAAAAAGGUGAACUUCAAGCUGGACCAGACAAAGAAGAAGAAGGUGGACUUCAAGCUGGACCAGACAAAGAAGAAGAAGGUGGACUUCAAGCUGGACCAGACAAAGAAGAAGAAGGUGGACUUCAAGCUGGACCAGUCAAAGAAGAAGAUGGUGGACUUCAAGCUGGACCAGACAAAGAAGAAGGUGGACUUCAAGCUGGACCAGACCUCCUUGGAGCAGAAGUUGACGAGGCCUUGCUCUGUCCAGCUGGUGAACCUGCUUUUGGUGCCCGGAAGAAAGAACUCUGGAGGGAAGAAGGCUAAUGGUAGCAAAUGUCAUGACAACAAGAGGUUCCCCAUGCCAAAGGACCUCAAGACCCACCAAGGCCUCCACACGGGCCGACGCCUCUGCUGCUUCACUCAGUGUGGGAACGGUGUCUGGCGGCUGCAAGGGGUCCUCUCCUCAAGCCGCGCCCAUGGCUGCAAGAUCUGUGGGAAGCGCUUCAAGCGCAGGAAGAUCCUGAGGAGGCAUGAGCGCUUCCACACCGGUGAGAAGCCCUACUCCUGCUCCCAGUGCUCCAAAACAUUCGCCCUGCGGAAAAGCCUCCGCAGGCACGAACGGUUCCAUACAGGGCAGAGACCUCACAGCUGCCCCCAGUGUGGGAAGAGCUUUCGUCUCAGGGACAAUCUGAAGGCUCAUCUGCGCUUUCACACUGGUGAGAGACCUUUCACCUGCUCCUUCUGCUCCAAGAGCUUCAGAAUCUUCCGGAAUCUUGAGAAACACAGCAUUGAUCACUUGGGAGCGACAGCGAAAUAGCACAUUUUCCGGCGAAAGACAACUGUGCUAAAAGCAUGAGCAGCCUUUUGUAGGCCACCUUACAAAACUGUCCUACCUCUAACUGAAACUACUGAAUGUCCAUUCCUCAUUAUAACCAACCAUGUUGGUUAUUUUUGAUAAGGUGCUAUGAUGGUAAAUUGCAAACAGGUUUGGAUUGUCCAGAAUGAUCAUCAGAGUGUAAGCUUCAGUGGACACUGAUGUUGUUGACAGCCAUAAUGUUCUAAUACGGUAAGGGCCUGUUUUCCAGACACAGAUUAUGCUUAAUUUUAAACCAAAAAGUUAUUUCAAUGGAGUUUUUCUAUUGCGCAUGCUGGACUAGGCUUAAAGAGACUCUUCGGGAUUUUGGCAAUGAAGCCCUUUAUCUACUUCCAGAGAGUCAGAUGAACUCAUGGAUACCAUUUUUAUGACUCUGCAUUCAGUUUGAAGGAAGUUGCUAACUAGCACAAUGACUGGAAGUCUAUAGUAACUGCUAGUAUGCUAGUAGAUAACAUAGAUUUCCAGUCAUUGCUCUAACGCUAGUUAGAAUUGGCUUGCGAAACUACACUACAUGACCAAAAGUAUGUGGACACCUGCUCGUUGAUAUCGGAAUGAGAUGGUCAAACUUUACAGUUGGCACUAUGCAUUGGGGCAGGUAGCGUUCUCCUGGCAUCCGCCAAACCCACAUUCGUCUGUCGG